GUUCACCUGUUCACUUGUUCACCUGCUCAGAACACAUGUUCAAAAUGUUUGUGACAUGGUGCUAAGAGGAAGGAAGACAGCUCCUGUGUGGACUCUGAAGAACCAACUGCGCGCCAGUCCGUCCUGCUCCAGCCCGCCGAGGAGCGCAGAGGAGAGCACGGCCUCCCCCCCCCCCCCUCCGCCACCACCAACACCCCCCUUCUUGCAGUCCAGUCCCGCUGGAGCCACCAUGCACCUUUUCCACGCACGGGAUUUAUAUUCCACUUGAUGCUCGUGGGUUUUUUGGGGGGGUUUUUUCCCAGUUUUUUUUCCAAUCGUGUUUUUUUUUUUUUUUUUUAUUAAGGGGGGGUUGCAAGGACACCGCACAGAGCAUCCUCUGUUCACACGCAUCCUCCUCCUCCUCCUCCUCCUCCUCUAAGGACCUUCAGGAUCUUCUUCUCCUCCUGCAGCGGGAGCAGCAGACAUGGAUCUAUGGCUCGACUCGAUGCGGAUUUGCCGGUGGAGGAUUUUCUUCCUGCUCAGCCUCCUGUUCCGGGACCACCUCGGCUCCAUGCUGGACUGCCCGCCGACGUGCAGCUGCUCGCAGACGGAGAUCUAUUGCAAUAAGUCGCACAGCGGCCGCUUCUUCCCGCUGCUCUCCGUGCAGGACGGCGGCGGCGGCGCGAACGGCACCGGCACCGUGGACCUGGCGGAGCUGUGCAGGAACAUCACGUCCAUACACAUCGAGAACUGGACGGGGUUGCAGACUCUGAGAGACUUCGACAUGGAACUCUACACAGGACUGCGGAGGCUAAACAUCAUGAACUGCAACCUGAAGGUGAUCCAGGCUCGGGCGUUCGAUAAGAACCCACACCUGCGCUACAUAAACCUGUCCAAGAACCCUCUCAGCACGCUGUCCUGGCAGCUCUUCCAACACCUUCAACUGGCCGAGCUGCGGCUGGACGGCGUGGUGUUCAAGUGCGGCUGCGACGUGCGCUGGAUCCAACUGUGGCAGCAGCGAGGGGAGGCGGGGCUUCAUGCCCAGCAGCUGUACUGCAGGAACGGGGCCUCCAAGAUGAAGCUGCACAACAUGUACAUCCAGCAAUGCGACUUGCCAGAGAUCAGCGUGAGCCCCAGCAGCGACGUGUUAGUGAUGGAAGGCGACAACGUGACAGUGAGCUGUAAUGGAACCGCAGAACCGACGCCUGAAGUGGACUGGACUGUCAGCGGCCUGCAGUCCAUCAACACACAUCUGUCCAACGUCUACUGGCCCAACAUCCACUCCAUCAACCUGACGCUGUUCAACAUCAGCCGAGACGACAACAACUACCAGCUGACCUGCAUCGCCGAGAACGUGGUGGGCAUGACCAACUGGUCCAUCGAGCUCAAAGUGCAGUUUCCCCCCGUCAUCCUGACCCUGGCUGAGCCCGAGCAGCGCCACGACACCUGCAUCGAGUUCACGGUGCGAGGUUCCCCCAAGCCCCGGCUGCGCUGGUUCCACAAGAACAAGGAGAUCGUCCACAACCAGUACAUCCGUACGGAGAUGGUGGAAUACCAGGACUACCUGGAAGGCUGCCUGACCUUGCAGAACCCCACGCACAUCAACAACGGCAACUACACCCUGGAGGCCAGCAACUCUCUGGGGACGGUCAACAAGACGGUGUACGGUCACUUCCUCAUGGCGCCGGGCCUCGACGACGAAGACCUGGUGGAACUCGUCCCCUCGGCGCCGACGGACUCGGAUUCGGGCCGCCCGGACGAGGACACGUUCGGGGUUUCCAUCGCCGUGGGCCUGGCGGGCUUCGCCUGCGUCCUCCUUCUCGUCCUUUUCGUCCUCAUCAACAAGUAUGGGCGACGCUCCAAAUUCGGAAUGAAAGGUCCAGUGGCCGUGAUCAGCGGCGAGGAAGACUCGGCCAGCCCCCUUCAUCACGUCAACCACGGGAUCAUAACGCCGUGCACGCUGGACGCGGGGCCGGACGCCGUCGUCAUCGGGAUGACUCGCAUCCCCGUGGUGGAGAACCCGCAGUAUUUCCGACACGGACACAACUGCAACAAGCCGGCUACUCUGGUGCAGCACAUCAAGCGCAGAGACAUCAUCCUGAAGAGGGAGCUCGGCGAGGGAGCCUUCGGAAAAGUCUUCCUGGCCGAGUGUUACAACCUGAGUCCCACCAAAGACAAGAUGCUGGUGGCUGUCAAGACGCUGAAAGACCCCAACCUGUCAGCCAGGAAGGACUUCCAGAGGGAGGCGGAGCUGCUGACCAACCUGCAGCACGACCACAUCGUCAAGUUCUACGGCGUGUGCGUGGACGGCGACCCCCUCAUCAUGGUCUUUGAGUACAUGAAGCACGGAGACCUCAACAAGUUCCUCAGAGCCCACGGUCCGGACGCCAUGAUCCUGGUGGACGGCCAGCCCCUGCAGUCCAACGGCGAGCUGGGCCUGUCCCAGAUGCUGCACAUCGCCUCCCAGAUCGCCUCGGGCAUGGUCUACCUGGCCUCGCAGCACUUUGUCCACAGGGACCUGGCCACCCGCAACUGCCUGGUGGGCAACGGCCUGCUGGUGAAGAUCGGAGACUUCGGCAUGUCCAGGGACAUCUACAGCAGCGACUACUACAGGGUGGGAGGACACACCAUGCUACCGAUCCGCUGGAUGCCUCCCGAGAGCAUCGUGUACAGGAAGUUCUCCACGGAAAGCGACGUCUGGAGCUUCGGAGUCAUCUUGUGGGAGAUCUUCACCUACGGGAAGCAGCCCUGGUUUCAGCUGGGCAACAACGAGGUCAUCGAGUGCAUCACGCAGGGCCACGUCCUGGACCGCCCCCGCAUCUGCCCCAAGGAGGUCUACGACAUCAUGCUGGGCUGCUGGCAGAGAGAACCCCAGCAGCGACUCAACAUCAAGGACAUCCAGAAGGUUCUGUUCGCCAUGGGGAAAGCCACGCCCGUCUACCUGGACAUCCUGGGCUAGGCCCCGCCCACGACCCGCUCCACUGUCGAAGAAACAACAAGGUUUUUUUGGGAAGGACUUAAGUGCCUGCAACACUUUUGGAUAUAGUGGAUAUAAAAACACACCGGAAAAAAAAAAAAACUUUUACAUUUUGUUUACUUGCGUGUGAGCUGUACAGUUUGAAGACUUUGAAGUCCCCCCCCUCCAAAAACCACCAACCCCUAAGGAGAAGGGCCACGUAGUAACCAAGACCACCACAGCUAGAACCUUCCCCCGGCUUUUGGUUUUAUGAAUAUAUAUAGAAAUAUGACAUAUAUUUUAUAUUUAUUUCCUUUGGGUCCAGGUCCUGUUGCGCGCUAAGGGCUGGUCCUCGCCCGAGACGCCAAACAAACUUUUGGUCCGGGGCGACCUCCGAGACGGACGCCUUACUUGCACUCCGGAGGAGAGGACCUUCUUCCCCGCCAGACAAGUGACAAAUCUAUUUUAAUUUCGCAGGAAAAACCAACAAAAAAAAGAGAAGAAUGUACAUAUUGUAAAGUUUACGUGUCAAAGUUGUGUUAACUUAUUGUUUCCCCACGCUCUUGUACCGCGGUCCGCGCGCCGUCACUUUAAGACGGCUUUUCCACACCAGUCGAAAAAUGCUUCUUCCCCCCCGAUUUUGAGUACAAACCGCUAUUUUUGGUUUCAAGAAACGUUCGGCGUUAAUAAUUGAACGUGGUCUGUGCUCAGCCCGAGACGCUCGCUUAAAGAAACCGCCGCCGCCGACGCUAUCCAGAGAAACAACAAAAAUCUUUAUUUUCUUUUUUUUGAAAGCAGUAUAGCAAAGUUUGUGGUUUGUUCAUAUUUGAGAGAUGGCUCCAAAAGUUUGCAGCUGUGCUAAAGCUGCGAAGCGUUACAUCCACGAGUACUACCAGGGAGAUAAUUGUCGUGACGAAAAGAUACUAACGAAAAAAGACGUAUUCCGUUGCAAAUUUUAGCUUCUUGUUACGUCCUGAAGAAAAAUAUAGCCGCAACAAAUGUGGAAGGAGACAAUGUUUGGGGGAGACCAGGCCAAAUUACGAUUUUUUUUUUUCCCCGUAACAUCGCAACUUUAUUUUCACAUCAUUGUUAAAUUUCUCAAAACUUUCCUUGCAAAUAUUCAGUCAUUUGGAAUUAUGAAUUUAUUGUAGUGUUAUGUCACAUUCCAAUUUUAAUCGAAAUUAAUUCAUUUUAAUUAGCCGCAAAACAUGUGGAAGGAGACAAUGUUUGGGGGAGACCAGGCCAAAUUACGAUUUUUUUUUUCCCCGUAACAUCGCAACUUUAUUUUCACAUCAUUGUUAAAUUUCUCAAAACUUUCCUUGCAAAUAUUCAGUCAUUUGGAAUUAUGAAUUUAUUGUAGUGUUAUGUCACAUUCCAAUUUUAAUCGAAAUUAAUUAAUUUUAAUCAGGCGCAAAACAUGUGGAAGGAGACAAUGUUUGCGGGAGACCAGGCCAAAUUACGAUUUUUUUUUU